UUUCAGCACUUUGAUGCCACGUCUUCAGAUAAAGGUGAACAGUUGAUCAGAGACAGCAUUUCUCUCUUUCUCUGUUUCUCUCUGAAGGAGAAUCAACGAUCUCAGGUUUUUCUCAACAAACAGCAGAAUCUCUGAUGACACACACUGCUUCUCUUUGUGGAGUAAAGCCUGUUCCCUUCCUUCCUGCUCUCAAACAGAGCCAGCUACCCCCUCUCAAGUUCCUUCAAAACGAUGGACUCUGAAGGCAGUGGGACGAUGGAGGUGGCGGCGCUCGGACGGCCUUUCAGCCUCGGGAUGUUGUACGACUGCCGCAACGACUCUCCCGUCCCUGGAAUCACUUUGUGGGACCGUGAUGACCUUAAAAAUCAUAUUGGAGAACGACCACAGAGCUAUAAUGAUUUUGAUAUAGUUGCAUCUGAAACAAUUGAGGAUAAAUCUUCAGCACUUAAUGUUAAAGCAUCACUGAAGGCUAGUUUCUUGAGUGGACUGGUAGAGGUUGGUGGAUCAGCCAAAUACCUGAACGAUAGUAAGACUUCCAAAAAUCAGACCAGAGUAACACUGAAGUACCAAGCUACCACAAAGGUCCAAGAACUGUCCAUGAAUCAUCUUGGAAGAGGCAAUGUUAAGCAUCCAUAUGUCUUUGAUCAAGAAAUAGCAACACAUGUAGUCACAGGUAUCCUUUAUGGGGCACACGCCUUCUUUGUCUUUGACCGUGAGGUGUCUGUCAACGAGAACCAUCAAGACAUUCAGGGCAACUUGAAGGUGAUGAUCAAGAAAAUUAGCUCCCUUUCAAUAGAGGGCGAAGGCUCGCUGAAAAUGGAAGACAAGCACAAAACAAAUGUUGAGAAACUGUCCUGCAGAUUCUUUGGAGACUUUUUGAUUCAGAAACCUCCUACAUCCUUUCAGGAGGCAGUAGAGGUGUACCAAAGUCUGCCAAAGCUGCUGGGAGCCAACGGGGAAAACGCAGUACCAGUGAAGGUCUGGCUGUUACCUCUGACAUGUUUAGAUUCUACUGCCGCUAAACUUGUCCGUCAGAUAAGUAUAGGAUUAGUUGAAGAAUGUCAGAGUGUCCUGGAGGACUUCAGUGACCUGGAAAUGAGGUUCAAUGAUGCACUGAGAACUCAAACUGCACAGCAGUUCCCACAGAUUGGAAAAAAACUCAAAACCUUUAAACAGAAGUGCUCUCAGUUCAAACUGGAAUUCCAACAAACCCUGGCAAAGAAACUUCCAUCAAUCCGAGGAGGAGGAGAAGAAGAAGCUGUGCUCGCAGAGGAACUGAGGAAGACAUGUUCUUCUCCUUUCAACAGCAAGGACCUGAACGAGUGGAUGGACUGUAAGGAGAGAGAAAUAUACACCGUGAUGUCUCUGACCAACAUGAUGACAAACACCAAGAUCAUCUCAUCUCAAACAGACCUGUACAAAGAAAGCUUCAAUGCAGAGCAUGCUGUGUGUUUUGUCUUCACCUCGCUGGGAAGUGAUGAACCGUACCUCUCAACUUUAUCAAACUACCUUCAACAAACACCCAAACCAGACGAUGCUCAAGAUCCCCCCCCUCCAGAUCAAUGGUACAACUCAAGAAAAGAAAUGGAAGCAAUGCGGCAUAAAGCAAAGCUCUUCAGUGAUUUUGCAGAGGCCAACAAGGAGAACAAGAACAUCACAUUCCUGACGGUGGGUUUAACAAACGAGACACAGAAAGGUGCCAGCAUCUACCUUUAUACAGACGGCCUUUCUGACAAUGAGAACUUUGAGCCGCCUUCAAAGCCUGCAACAGUAACAGGAAGUGAUAUAAACCACAACAGUGUGACGCUGAACAUUUCUCCACCCACAUCUGGAGCAGAGGACAUCACCUCCUACUCUGUUGAGUACGGUGUCAGAGGAGAGGACGGCUGGAAACAAAAGACAGCAUCCAAAGCUGAAGAAGUCACAGUGAGCGGCCUGAGUCCUAACACAGAGUACAUGUUCAGAUGCAGGGCAGCGACACCAGUAGGUGCCGGGCCAGCCAAUGAAGUCAGUGGAUCCAUUCAAACCUUACCCUGCAGCCCUCCUGGAAAACUCCACGUUGAAUCUACCUCAGGUGAGAUAUCAGUCAGCUGGGAGAAACCUGCUGAGCUCGGACAAGAUGUCCACGUUUUGAGCUACAUCGUGGAGUACGCCGAACCAGACCAACAGGUGAAAGAGGAAGAUCUCCACUGGGAGCAAAUGAUGGCUGGAGCUGAGAAGGCGAUCAUUUCAGGACUUCAGCCAGAGACAGAAUACGCUGUCAGGGUCAGGUGUGAUUGUGGUGCAGCUGGAAGAAGCAAAGAAAGCAUCGCUGUUAAUGUCCGCACAACUAAACGUGCACUUCUCACAGAAUUCCUCAAAAGUGAAAGCAAAAGGAUCAACUCUGAAUCUCCCUCAGUUUACAAACUGCCUCUGACAGAAGAAGACAUGGAAGUUGAUGGAUGUCGGAGGUACAACUUUGGCAAAGAAAGCACGAGGCAAAAUCGCACAAUAAUGCUUUUUGGAGCAACUGGAUCUGGAAAGUCCACUCUGAUCAAUGGACUCAUCAACUACAUUGUUGGUGUAGAGUGGAAGGACCAUUUCAGAUUCAAGUUAGUUGAUGAGGAUCAGUCGAGAUCUCAAGCUGAGAGCCAGACCUCUGAAGUCACUGUGUACAACAUCAACCACCAAGAGGGCUUUAAAAUCAAUUACUCUCUGACCAUUGUUGAUACUCCAGGUUUUGGAGAUACAAGAGGGAUAAAAAGAGAUGAGGAGAUCACAGAACAGAUUCUUAAUCUCUUCUAUUCAGAGCGUGGCGUCAGUGAAAUUGACGCUGUGUGUUUUGUAGUUCCAGCUUCUUCAGCUCGGCUCACACCAACACAGAAGGAUGUGUUUGAUUCUGUGCUCUCAAUCUUUGGCAAAGAUGUGGCAGAAAACAUCCAGGUUCUGGUGACAUUCGCAGACGGCCAACGCCCACCAGUUCUAGAGGCGAUCAAAGCUUCAGGUGUCCCAUGUCCUAAAGCAGAAGACGGGCUGCCAGUUCACUUCAAAUUCAAUAAUUCUGCCUUGUUUGCACAGAACCAAUCAUCUGCUGCUGACUCCAGUGGAAAGGAGGAAGAUGGAGGCUUUGCUCAGAUGUUCUGGCAAAUGGGGGAAAAAAGCAUGAAGAGGUUCUUUGUUGCUACUGAUGAGCUAACAACCAAAAGCUUGAUGAUGCCAAAGGAAGUCCUCAGAGAAAGACAGCAGCUCCAGAUCUCAAUGGAACAUUUAAAGAAGCAGGUUAAAGCUGAGUUAGCCAAGCUUGAGGAGAUUAAAGAGACCUCUGAACAACUUAAACUGCAUGAAGCAGAGAUCAACAGAAAUGAGAAAUUUGAGAUUGAAGUAGUCUUCAUGAAGCCUUUUAAAGUAGAUAUAUCAGGGUCUGGAGAGUUCAGCACCAACUGUCAGGUGUGUAAUGUCACCUGUCACUGGCCAUGUAAAUGUGCCAGUGAUGCAGAGUACAUUGACCUGCUGAUUGAGGGAGAGAAAUCUGACGGCAAGUCAGGCUGGAAGCAACGAGUUGAGCUCCUGAUGAACAUUAGGGGACAAGAAGAGCUCAUGGGCUUCAGACCCUCAUCAGGAGAGAAGUCAGACCCCCUGCAGGCUUCAGACCCUCAUCAGGAGAGAAGUCAGACCCCCUGCAGGCUUCAGACCCUCAUCAGGAGAGAAGUCAGACCCCCUGCAGGCUUCAGACCCUCAUCAGGAGAGAAGUCAGGCCGCAUGCAGGCUUCAGACCCUCAUCAGGAGAGAAGUCAGGCCGCAUGCAGGCUUCAGACCCUCAUCAAGAGAGAAGUCAGACCCCCUGCAGGCUUCAGACCCUCAUCAGGAGAGAAGUCAGGCCGCAUGCAGGCUUCAGACCCUCAUCAGGAGAGAAGUCAGACCCCCUGCAGGCUUCAGACCCUCAUCAGGAGAGAAGUCAGACCCCCUGCAGGCUUCAGACCCUCAUCAGGAGAGAAGUCAGACCCCCUGCAGGCUUCAGACCCUCAUCAGGAGAGAAGUCAGACCCCCUGCAGGCUUCAGACCCUCAUCAGGAGAGAAGUCAGACCCCGUGCAGGCUUCAGACCCUCAUCAGGAGAGAAGUCAGGCCGCAUGCAGGCUUCAGACCCUCAUCAGGAGAGAAGUCAGGCCGCAUGCAGGCUUCAGACCCUCAUCAGGAGAGAAGUCAGACCCCCUGCAGGCUUCAGACCCUCAUCAGGAGAGAAGUCAGGCCGCAUGCAGGCUUCAGACCCUCAUCAGGAGAGAAGUCAGACCCCCUGCAGGCUUCAGACCCUCAUCAGGAGAGAAGUCAGACCCCCUGCAGGCUUCAGACCCUCAUCAGGAGAGAAGUCAGGCCGCAUGCAGGCUUCAGACCCUCAUCAGGAGAGAAGUCAGACCCCCUGCAGGCUUCAGACCCUCAUCAGGAGAGAAGUCAGACCCCCUGCAGGCUUCAGACCCUCAUCAGGAGAGAAGUCAGGCCCCCUGCAGGCUUCAGACCCUCAUCAGGAGAGAAGUCAGGCCGCAUGCAGGCUUCAGACCCUCAUCAGGAGAGAAGUCAGGCCGCAUGCAGGCUUCAGACCCUCAUCAGGAGAGAAGUCAGGCCGCAUGCAGGCUUCAGACCCUCAUCAGGAGAGAAGUCAGACCCCCUGCAGGCUUCAGACCCUCAUCAGGAGAGAAGUCAGACCCCCUGCAGGCUUCAGACCCUCAUCAGGAGAGAAGUCAGGCCCCCUGCAGGCUUCAGACCCUCAUCAGGAGAGAAGUCAGGCCGCAUGCAGGCUUCAGACCCUCAUCAGGAGAGAAGUCAGACCCCCUGCAGGCUUCAGACCCUCAUCAGGAGAGAAGUCAGACCCCCUGCAGGCUUCAGACCCUCAUCAGGAGAGAAGUCAGGCCCCCUGCAGGCUUCAGACCCUCAUCAGGAGAGAAGUCAGGCCGCAUGCAGGCUUCAGACCCUCAUCAGGAGAGAAGUCAGGCCGCAUGCAGGCUUCAGACCCUCAUCAGGAGAGAAGUCAGGCCGCAUGCAGGCUUCAGACCCUCAUCAGGAGAGAAGUCAGACCCCCUGCAGGCUUCAGACCCUCAUCAGGAGAGAAGUCAGGCCGCAUGCAGGCUUCAGACCCUCAUCAGGAGAGAAGUCAGACCCCCUGCAGGCUUCAGACCCUCAUCAGGAGAGAAGUCAGGCCGCAAACCAUCGUCAGCAUUUACCCAAAUAAUCCAUAA